CCUGGUAUUUAGGAUUCUUACGAUAGCAGACGAGACCAAGUAGAAAUACAAAGUGUAGAGAACAACCUGGAUUACCAUUUUCCCGUUAUAUAAGUGAAGCAUGGGUAAACACUACUAAGGUUUUUUUCCCAGGAGUUAGCGUGACCAGGAGGUCACGGGUUCGAGCCGUAGAAACAAUCUCUUGUAAAAAUGCAGGGUAAGGCUGCAUAUAAUAGACCCUUAUUGUCCGGCCCUUUCUCGGACCCCGCGCAUAUCGGGAGCUUAGUGCAGCGGGCUGCCCUUUUUUAGUUAGCGUGGUGCAGGUGCAAUUUGGCAAAGAGAACUUGGGAGAGUCAAGGGAGUUUUUUUUUCUCUAAAUUUUAAGUUAUAUCCACUAACAGUAUCAAAUAUUAAGUUCAAUUUGACACGCUCAUGCAUGUAUAUACAGCAUGUUCUACUCGUACGAUUUUCUCAACUCAUGCACAGCUUGUGAGUACUACUGGACUCCUAAAAGCAUUCUCAGCUCUUUCUUCACAAAAACAACAUGGUGGAUGCAGCACCAGAAGUCUGCUGGUCAGUUAUAUACUGAUAGUUCACACAAGAAAGUUGCUGCAACUUCCUUUGUAAUCCAAGUUACUCCUUGUAAAGUACUACAAUUUCUUUUUUCCCUUGUGGAGGUUAAGUCAUGGUUUGUGCAAAGGAAACCAUUCUUCUCUUCUCGGCAAUGGCUAUUUUUGGUUUCUUUAGCACAACUCUGGUCGACUGUACUGUGUACAGUGUUGGGGAUUCCGCCGGUUGGACAGGCAGCAAUACUGACUAUCACAUGUGGGCUUCUACAAAGACUUUCCAGGUUGGUGACACUCUUGUUUUCCAGUACAACCAACAACUCCACAACGUGGUACGAGUGAGCCUCUCCGAUUUCCAUUCGUGCAAUGCUGGAAAUCCAAUCGUCACUUACUCCUCCGGCAACGAUUCCAUCACCAUUGUCGGUCCCGGCCACUACUACUAUAUUUGCGGGUUUCGAGGCCACUGUCAAGCCGGACAGAAGCUCGAUAUUCGGGUACCCAAAAACUACCAAUUAACUGAUAUCCGUAGCAGAAAACUAACUAAACCUCCAGUUGCAGCCUAAGUAGCAGUGAUCAGAAGAGCCAAAAAAAAAACUUCAUUUGGAGAAAAUUGAUUUGGAGGUUAAUAAGAUAUGUACUAUUGACUAGUGACAAUGUUUUGAAUUAUUAUCUCUUAGAUAUUGGACUGCCUAUCAAUAACUAGUCUUAUUUAUUGUAUUACUGAUGUUCUGGGGGUAAUAAAAUGCAUUGGUGUCGG